UCUUGGACAAACUUCGACAAGCUGAACUACAACUACAACCAGAUAAAUAUCACUUUGCCAAAAACCAACUUCCAUUCCUAGGUUAUAUCAUCAGAAAAGAAGGUAUUCGACUGGAUCCAGCAAAGAUCGAAAAAGUUAAAGAAUUUCCC